AAAAAAUUGAUCUGCAACGAUAUUUACUCAACACAACAAACAUCGUAUCUAUCCGUGUGUGUAUAUUCAUAUAUAUAUAUAUAUAUGUAUGUAUGUAUAGUAUCGUUUAUGCACAUCAUUGGAGCGAAUUACGAAUUCGCGCGAGUAUAUACCUACGUAUGUACCUACACAAUUCUCGCUUCUACGUGAAAAACUGAAUCACCUAGCGUAACUCGUAUCGCCUAUCCACGUUUACUAUUUUUCACGUUUGUACGAGAGCUGGCGGUCCGAUGAUUUUACGAGCACGAUUGGAUACGUUGGAGUGAAACGCACGUUGAAGGGAAAGGUUCACUAAUCUGUACUCCGUCUACCAGUACGUUUUUUCGCUGACGACGAAUAAAAAAAAAAGGAAAGGAAAGAUAAGAAAAGGAAAGAAAAACACGUACAUGUAUAAAAGAAGUUAAGAAGUUACUAAUCUUUAAUAAUAAUAAUAAUAAUAAUAAUAAUAAUAAUAAUAAAAAAGAAAAACAAAAGAAGAAGAAGAAGAAGAAGAAGAAGAAGAAGAAAAAAACAAAAACAAACGAAGAAGAAAUCGCACGGAGAAAAGGAGGAAGAUAGAUCUCGUCGUUGAAGGAAGGAUUACAAAAAAAAAGGAAAAAAAAAAAGAAGAAAAAAAAAAAGAAGAGAAAAAAAGAAAAAGAAAUAAAGAAAAAGAAAGGAGAAGAGGUGUUCCUAGUAUAAAUAAUUAAAUAAACGAUAAAACAAGGCAAGAGAAAAAAAUUGAAACGAGAGAAAAAAAAAAGAAAAAGAAAAAAGACAAAGCAUGAAGACGUGGUACGUGAAAGUCCGCAGUAAGUGAGUCGUGUGUGUGUAUAUAUUCGGUUUUUGGGGGUUGGGGUGGAGUUGGCAGGUGGAGGGGGGCUGGUUGGGGAGGGGGGGGGGGCGUAGGAGACAGGUGUAUUUCGGAGAGUCGGGCUCAAGUGCCCGAUCAGUAGUUGUGUGAUGGUCUCAGGGUGGUGCCCGUGCGUGCCAUUAGGGCGCCGGGAAUCACCGGCCCAACAACAACAACAACAACAACAACAACAACAACAACAACCGCCAUCAUCAUCAUCAUCAAGAGGGGGAUUCACCAACGACGGUGCACCAUUCACCGUCAGCGCCGCGACGGACCGAGCAGAAAUGGUCCAAAUGUUCUAUUAUGAGAAUCGUGGCAAGUGUUGUAAGAAACUCCUAAGAUACAACGGCUAUCCGAAUAAGGUCCUAUUGUUUCCAGAGGAAGGUUGGGCAAGGAGUGCUAGCAGUUCCUAUUGGACAUUAACGCCGUUCUGGUGGAGUCGUAGCCGGUGUAAGGUCGUCGAAGUUGCCGGAACGAGAAGGUAUAGUACUCAGGCAAAAAUGGUGGAUACGGGAACGGGGACGCUUUAUAUCAUCGGCUCGUUCAAAAGAAUGACGACGGAUCCCGAUUUUAAGUUGUACCUGACGUCGAACGUGUCAUCGAGCGAUUUUAACAUGGGCUACAGCAUGACGGGUACGUUGGAACGUGGCUGCAAGAAGACUAAUUCCUUCCAGAUGACCCAUUUUGCAGUGAUCCGUCGACGGGACUACGAAAAGGCCUAUGAAGAUCCAAAUCCCACCUAGUGUCCGUCCACACCCACACUAUCGGAGUGUGGGGAUUGCGAACACUAUACGUAGGAGUUGCCAAUCAGAUCAAUCCAUCAGAAUAUUUACAGGAUGAACCUUAUAACGUUAAUAUAUAUUUUAUUUCAUUAUCAAAAUAAUAUAUACUAUUAACAGUAUAUAUAUAUAUAUAUAUGUGUGUGUGUGUAUAUAUAUAUCAUGGAACUAUUCUUUGAGAAAA